AUGGCCACCCCGCGCCGCGCCCGCGUUCCCCCCGGCCCCGGAGUCUCAGAGCCUCCCGGGGCUCCCAGGGCUCGGCAGCGGCGCCUCCGCACGGUGCCCGGGGGCGCGCGACGCUGCGCCCGCGGCCGAAGCCUCUGGAAGCCGGGCGCCCGCGCGCCGGCCCGGGAGGGACUUACCGCGCGCGGCGGAGGGGAGCGCGGCGCGCCCUCCGAUUCCUGCGGGGCUGUCUGCGGGCCGCGGCGGGUGGGCGCGGCGCCCCCGGGAGGCUCGGGAGGCUGCCGGCAGGGCUGGCGGCGGCCCCGCGAGGCUCGGCUGGGCUGCGCUAGCGCCGUCUGCGGCCCCGGGCGGGCGCGCGGUGCGGGGGAGCGAUGGAGGGGCGCUACUUUUUCUGGGAACUGGGCGCUGCUGCCUUGCUCCGAGGGCGUGGCGCCCCAGCCCCGCGAGCCGCGCGCCAAACCCGACCCGUUCCCGGCUCACGACCGAGGCCGGUCUGAGCUCUUUAGAUUCCGGUGGCACCCGACCUCCUCCGGGCCUCGCCUCCGCUCUGGACACUUGGUUUACGCGUGCAGAGAAGGGUCUGAGAGUCCCGAGGAGGACCAUUCCGAGUGCCAGAAACUGGACUCGCUUCUCCGGCUCCGGGGAUGA